AGGCGCUAGGUAUAGUGCCCAUACUAUGUUGCUUGCAGAGUAUGUAUUGUGUAAUAGUGCGGACCUCUCUCUACAACAUCACUCCCCAUAUAAACCCAACUCAAUAGAAAAUCAAUCAACACCCCGAGUACUCCGUCUCCCACCCUUCCGACUACUCCGCCUGGUGCUCCUCGAAAAGGUGCUCCUCGAAAACCUCCGUCGGACCACGAGUCUUGCACACCAUCAACUUCCUCAUCGACUCCUUCCCCUUUCCCAAGGUUCGCGCAACCAAUUCAGCUAGACAUGUCCAUCUCACCCUCGGACCGCUCCUCCGUAGACAUGUCCAUCUCACCCUCGGACCGCUCCUCCGUAGACAUGUCCAUCUCACCCUCGGACCGCUCCUCCGUGGAGGAGAUUUUCCGUCGGGCUACAUUCGCGAAUUUCUUCGACUAUGUGGGUAUCUCUUCGCUGUACCACUUCUACGAGAAGGACGUCGUGACGUACGACCUCGAAGAGAUUGAUGGAAUGCCUGUUCGAAUCAAAUUCCACUUGUUCAACAUGGAGACCGACAUCGACGGGGAAGAAGAUGAAUAUGAUGGUGACACUCAGUACGAAGCCAAUGCGCCGGCCGAUAAGUACUGGAUAGCACCUGUGGUGGAGGAUGAGGUGGAGAAUCAUGCCGGUUGGUAUCGGCGUGGAAUGGAACUCCCAUACCGAGAUGUCUUCGCUCUCAAGUCCGUCGCCAGCGACAGAAACAGCAAUACAAACACCGACCUGACCUUCGGGACACAACUUGGAUAUCUCGAGUAUCGGUCAGAGUCCGAAUCUUACGAGUCAGAGUGGCUUCCUACACCCUUCGUCGUCUGCCUCGAGUUUCACCCCAAGACGCUACAGCAUCAGAAACUCUUCUUCAUCGACUUCACGACCGUGAAGCGAUUCGGGUUCCUCGCUAAGGAUUACGUGGACAAUCCGGCGGUGGAGCGCAUCCGAUCCCUCUCCACUCUUGGUCACGGGGUGCUGACAAUUGCUAGGUUUGACAAGGCAGACACCGGGGCAAGCUUUGUCGCGUAUCGGGUCAUGACCCAUGACGGGGAAAAAGUUUGGGCCCAUAUGUGAGUUUGUGGGGACGUUCUACGAGGCGAGGACGUUUGGGCCCAUAUGUAAGUUUGUAGGGACGUUCUACAAGGCGAGAAUAGUUAGGCCGAUAUAAGUUUGUAAGGACGUUCUACAAGGCGAGAAUGUUUGGGUCCACACGUGCAUGAGUUUGUGAGCUAUUUCCGGUGAGGCGGCUUGGAAGUUUGG